UUUAGGUCAAGGUCGUCCAUUUCGUCUUUAUGUGGCAAUAUGCCUCUGUCAGAAUACAUGUUUGAUACACGAAAAAUAGACAAAUAAACGAAGAGAGACCACAAUGUCACGACACAGGAAUGUCAGAUCUAUGAACUAUGAAGAAGAUUUUUAUGAAGAUGAUGAUUACCUUGGUCAUUCAGUAGAGGAUAAUUAUUGUAUAUCUCCAGGGACAGCUGCACAGUUCACUUUCAAUAGAGGAGAAAGAAAUGUAAACUUGGCAUCUUAUGUGGAAGAAGGAAUUCCUGAAGAGGAUGAAGAAGAGAGUGAUGAGGACACUGUUCUCAAUCAUUCUACAGGAACGCCUAAGUUACAGUUAAAUGAAACAGACCAAGCCAAGUUAAACUCUUGCCUGGAUGAAGUAAGAAAUGUCUUGGGGGAAUCCUGUCCUGAAUAUAUCAUGGCUCAGACCAUAGUCAAACAUAACUACAACAUACAAUCUACGCUGAAUGAAUUACUUAACCAAACAGGAACAGAUGCACCAAAGCCACAGAGACAGCCUCGAGAAUCACGAAGGAACAGAUCACAAGGAGAUUAUGAUGAUGAUUUUGAUGAUUUUUUACAAUCCCUUGAUACUAAUUCCCCUAAAAUUAAUUUCUCUCAUAACUUAAAACAGUCCUUAGGGAUACUGAAAUAUGGCAGUAGCUGGUCUUCUGAGGGGUCAUUAGAAAAUAUUUCAAAUAUUGCAUUAAAAGCUAAAAUUACGAAUUAUUCCUCAGCCGGUUCAUCAGAAUGUCUUUCCACAACACCUGAUGGUCAUGAAUCAGGAAUUAGAAAAAGGGACAAAUAUCCAUCAACAGGGUCUUCUGAUUGUUUGUCAUGUACACCUGAUGAGCCAUCAGUUAUAGAGCUAGCCAAUCAGAAUCCAUUAUCUACUAAUUUACAGUCAUCUGUGUCAAAAGUAACCAACCAAACAACAGUUUCUACAAAAGAAUUAGCUAAGCAAAAUAUUUCUUCCAGAAUGCAGUUAACAUUAUCAGAAUUAACAGGCCAGAAUGUAAAGUGCAUAGGGCAGCCAUCUUUAUCAGAGUUAGCCAAACAGAAAUCAUCAUACAGUCAGCAGGCAUCCCUAUCACAGUUGGCAAAGCAAAAUACAUCUUUAUCUCAACUAGCUUCUCAAAACUUAUCGUUAAAGCAACCAUCUUUAUCUCAAUUGGCCAACCAGAAAACAUCUACUAAGCAACCAUCCUUAUCUGAGAUAGCUGAACCAAAUUUAUCAAAGAAAUUAUCAUUAUCAGAGUUGACCAAUCAGAAUGCAUCAUCAAUACAGCAGCCAUCAGUGUCUAAGUUGACCAGUCAGAAUACACCAUCCUUCAAACAGCCAUCUUUGUCUACAUUGGCUAGUCAGAAAGAAACAUCAAAUUUGAGCAAAGUAAAUAAAACAGAUAACCAGUACCAUGUGACUGAGUUGGAGGGUAAAUUAUCUGGUGUUGAAAUAGGUCAAAAUACCUUAAAAGGCAAGUUAACUGAUUUGACCAAAAUGCAUUCUUCUGGUUCAGGGAAGCAAUUUUCAUUAGCAGAAUUAGCUAAGGAUUCUUCUGUCCAAGUAAGGCAACCUUCUUUAGCAAAUCUGACUAAUUCCAAGUCUAUAGGGGUGUCAAGACAACCAUCUUUGGCAGAAUUAGCUAGUUCUCAGUCUACAGCAACAUUGAAACAACCAUCUUUGGCAGAAUUGGCUAGUCCUCAGUUUACAGGAACGCCGAAACAACCAUCUUUGGCAGAAUUGGCCAAUCUAAAACCUAAUACAGCUAAACAACUUUCAUUGUCAGAUUUAGCUUUACCAGUAAAACAACUUCCAAGCAAACCCUUAAUUCAGUCUUCAGAUCAACCAGGAACACAUGUCAAUUCCUCAUCAAAAUCUACAGAUAGUCAGAACUCAGGGAAAAAUAUAACAUCACUGGCAGCUAUGUCAAAACCAGCACGAUCAUCAUCUAAUGAAGUAAAACCUAGUCAAGGAGAUAAUUUAGUAUACAAUUUGGGUGGUUUAAAAAUAUCUGAUCUGAAUAAGGAGUCCAAUAUUUCACUUACUGAUUUGGCUGGGAAGAAAAUUGUCAAAUCUUGCCCAAAAGUUACUCAACCUGUUAAAAAAGAGAAGAAACAAUUUCUUGCACAAGAAUCAGUUGAAGGUCAUGACCUUGAAGUGCCACUUCCAACCUUUUCUGAAGAGACUGUUUAUGAUGUUCAAUGUGACUUUGUGAAGUUUCAGGCAUCAUUUCUUGGACAGGUUUUAUGUCUUUAUGAUUGUAAUUAUAAGUUAAAUAAGAAACGGAAAUACAGUCAAUUUUCUUAUAUUCAUCAAAUGAAGUAUAUUAAGAGGUCAUGUGACAUAAUGAAUGAGAUUAUACCAUUUGAUUUUACUACUCCAUCACCUGAUGAUAUUGUUAGAUCUAAACAGAAAGCAGCAUUUACUAGAACUGGUGAGAAAAAGUGAACAUCAUGUGUUAAUACAGACACGAUUAUUUCAGAUAGAUAUUGUCUGAAUAGUAGAGGUAGACAGAAUAAAAAGUUUUAACAGAAAGAACAACAUUUACUACAACUGAUGAGAAAAAAUAAACAUCCUGCGUUUAAAGAGAGAGAUACAAGACAGAUAUUUUGAUAGAAUAGUAGAGGUAGACAGAAUGAGAGUGAAUGUUCUUGUACUAUAACUCAAGGAAAAUAAACUGAUUUUGGUGAAUCUGUGUGUGUCAUGCUGAUAUUGAAAGAUUUCACAUUUGCUUAAACUGGUUUGAAAUAAAAGAGAAUUUUUUUGUCUGAACAUUGGAAGAGAGGAAUUUAUGUGAAUUAACAUCCAGUGAAAAAGUGCUAUAAUAAUCUUUAUGUGCAGCUGUCAGUAGGAUGAUCUCAAAAGGAAAACAAUAAUUUUAGCAAGUUUGGAAAUCAUGGAAUAUGUCAAAGAUAUUUAAUUUUUAUUUUUAUUUACACAAGCUUUUGAAACGUGUAAUAAUUAACAGCAUUUAAAAAAAUCAUGUUUGAAUGUUUUCAUUCUACGAUAUGACUACUGUGUAAAAUCAAGUAAUUUCCUUGUGCAGGACAAUUUUCAUAGUUAUGGGAGAAUAUAGGGAUUUGUUUGGUCUUGAAUUUGUUGGCUGUACCUGCACUGGCAACAAGUGAACUAAGAAGGUUUUUUUUUUAUAGUUGUAAAUUGAAAGAUAACAUUUCCUUAGGAAAAUCCAAGGAAAUUUGCAUAUUUGUACUACACACAAAAUUUUUGUAUAUUUAUUUUUGGCACACACAGAAUCAGUCAUAAAGUACUAAAUUGUUCUUCUGUAAAUUUUCUGAUACGUGAAUGUGUUUAAUAUUUAUUAAUGGUAUUGCAUAUAUUUGUUCAAUAAAGAAUGUUGAUAAGGAAUUAUUAUAGAAAUGAUAUUACUUUUGGAAAACUCUAUUGUCAAAAUGAAUGGCAGUAAUUCAGGGGACCACCUUUAAAAGAAAUGAUAUAAAAAUGGAGCUCUGCAAAUGAAUAACAUACAAUUUAGACUUUUGUUGAAGCCAGUAUAUUGACCUGUAACUAUUAGGUUUUAUGUUGCUGUAAGUUGGCAUAUACUUAUCAUCAAUAAAUGUAGUGAUGUACAAAUGAUUAACAUUUAGAAAAGACCUUUGCCACAACAAUUGUUGAUUGUACAUUUUAUUCCUGUAUCUGACUUGCUUAAAUUUAAAGAAUUAUUUCAAUUGAAUACUAAUAAGUAAGGUAUAAGUUUCUACACAUGUUUCCUAUAGAAUAUGCCUUUGUAUUUAUUAACGUUUUUUUAAUUAUGUAUUAUUGUUUAUUAUUUGAUUAUUGUAUAUAUAUAGUAGUAUUUUUCAUGUUUGAUCUCAGCUGCUAGAACAAAAUUUUCUCUUCCAAUUUUUGCACAGGAUAUGUUAUGUAAGCAAUAUUUAAUUUUAAGUGCUUCAAUGUGUAAUAUAUUACAUGUUUCAUUUUCAGUUUCUUUCUAAGGUUUAUUAUCUCAAUAGCAUAAUACUCGCAACAUCACCAUGACUAAAUUUUCUUUUCCAACCUAAUACAACCUUAUCCAAUAGAUAUAAAUUCAGCAUAUCCUUAACUUUCACAGACACUUAUGUUAAUUCUUGAUGAAAUGGUAAGCGGUAUACAAUUCUGAAAAAUUAAAAAAAAUUUCAAUCCCUUUUACCUAUAUAACAAAUUUAACAUGAAGGUACAGUGGCUUGUUCCAUGUCACAUAACCCUCCCCAAUCCUUACAUGUAGUUACUUGAAUCUUAGCAGCAUGUCUAGAGGUGGAUUUAGAGGGGCAGGUCCCCCCUUAUGGAGCUUCAUUUAUGGUUAAUCCAGACUUUUUACCGUAGACACUACAAAUUUUGUCUAGCUUGUCAAAAUUCCAAAAUCCUGAAUCCGCAUCUGAUGUCAUUAUGCAGUAGUAAACUUGACUAUAUGAAAACAGAAUUACAGUUUUACUCUUCUGACAGGAAGAAAAUGUGGAUUAAUGUGAGAAAAGGAUUUUUAAUAAAACAUAUAUAUGAAUUAUAAUCACAACUAAAGUAUUGUAGUUGGGUAGGUUGUUGGACCAUAUUUACUAUCAAACAGAAAAAAUCAGGAAAAUUUUCAGGUAUAUAGAAAAGUGUUUAUCAUUUCUGGAACUUUAACAUCUCUACCCUAUCCACAUAGAAAAUCAUGCUAAGAUUGAUGGAGUUUUUGAAAUUUAUUAUUCAUUAUUUGACUCAAUGCUUGAUAUUUAUAAAUAAUAAUAUGACUCAGUAUCAUCUAUAAGAGUUUCACUGACUCUGACGGUAACAUUACUUUUGAUUCUUUUUACACUGCUGGAAAUACUGAAAAUACGAUAUUACAGUAGGUUAACUUUUCCUCUGACAUUUUUACACUGUCGAGAAUGCCGAAUAUAUUAUAGUGGGAAGCAUGCAGUCUUUGUGCUUAGUUGCUGUUUUUAUCUAAGAUAUACAUUCCUUAAGUUAACUUUUCAUUCAUUUAAAUUCAGUGGGAUCUUGUCAUGUUAUAAUUAUGUGCAAUAUGACACUGUAUGCAAUAUUAAGUUUACAAAUGUAAUUUGUAACAAAACUUUGUAUAGUUUGUUUGAACAAUGAUCAUGUAAUUAAAUGCAGCUGUUGAAAUUAAUUGUGAUGAGUAAUUCAACUGUAAGUUGUAGUUGAUUCUCUUAGGGGGUUUUUGAUUCAAAAUCAGUUUGAAAAUGACCCACUUUGCUCAAUCAUGUCAAUACUGUGGAUUCAUUUAUUUUUGUGAGUACCAAUUUUUGUGGAUUGAGGGAAAUUCGAAUGUAUUUUAGUGGAUAUUUGAUUUCAUGGUUUUGUCGAAGUCGGCAUUACAAGUCUAUAAAAAAUUCAUACUUUGUUAAACAUUUGAAUUCAUGGUUUACUUUUGCUCACAAAAAUGGUAUCCCACGAUUAAAACAAUGAAUCCACAGUUUACUAAUAUUUGAUGGUAAAUUUUAGACAGAGGUAGGAAAUUCUUUUUGUUUAGAGUUAACAACAACAAAUAAAGAAAUAUAUCAAUGCUAUCAUAUUAAAUUGUGUACAAAUGUUUCUUUGACUAGACAAAACUAAACUUAAAUUUGCAAUAUACUUUUCAAAGUAAAUACAGUGAUAUAAUGUAUCAGAGACAUAUAUAUUGUAUAUGUCUCUGAAUGUAUGUUAAAUAGAUAUUAAGGUAAAUACAUAGUUUUCCAAAAAAUUAUAUACCUAUUAAGUAGCAUAGAAAUUUUGUACAAUUUUGUAAAAGCUCACAUAAAUUUAAUGCCCCCCACCUUCAUGAUUAUUUAUAUUUAUAUGUAUUAACAAAUAUGAUAUUGUUAUGUAGAUUUUUGUAUUUUUUGAAUAUUUUUCCAAUGGUUAAUAAAUUUUUAUGGUGUUGAA